CGGGCCGCCCGGAUUGGCCGGGCCGGGCGGCGAGCUCCGCCCGCUGUCGCCGUGCUGUGGGUGGGAGGGAGGCAGCCGGGCUGCGCUGCUAGUCUGGAGCGGAGCCUGGCAGCGGCUGGAGCGUCGGCGGCGGCUGAGGAGCAGCCGGAGCCCGCUGGACCGAGUCAGCCCCGACCCGUCUCCUCUCCCUUCGCGCGCAGGGCAGGGGGGCCCCGAUCCAUGACCAUGGGCGACAAGAAGAGCCCGACCAGGCCAAAAAGGCAAGCAAAACCUGCAGCAGACGAAGGCUUUUGGGAUUGUAGUGUCUGCACCUUUAGGAACAGUGCUGAAGCCUUCAAAUGCAGCAUCUGCGAUGUCAGGAAAGGCACCUCCACAAGAAAACCUAGAAUAAACUCUCAGCUGGUUGCUCAACAAGUUGCCCAGCAAUAUGCCACACCUCCGCCUCCCAAAAAGGAGAAGAAAGAGAAAGUGGAAAAACAAGACAAAGAAAAGCCUGACAAAGAAAAAGAAAUCAGUCCAAGUGUUACGAAGAAGAACACCAAUAAAAAGACUAAACCAAAGUCAGAUAUUGUAAAAGAUCCUCCUAGUGAAGCAAACAGUAUACAGUCUGGGAAUACUACAACAAAGACCAACGACUUAAAUCACACUUCAAGGCCCAGACUGAAAAAUGUGGACAGAAGUACCGCACAGCAGCUGGCAGUCACAGUGGGGAACGUCACAGUAAUUAUCACAGACUUUAAAGAAAAGACUCGCUCCUCUUCCACAUCUUCAUCUACAGUGACCUCCAGUGCAGGAUCAGAACAGCAGAAUCAGAGCAGCUCCGGCUCUGAGAGCACAGACAAAGGCUCGUCCCGUUCCUCCACGCCAAAGGGCGACAUGUCAGCAGUUAACGAUGAAUCUUUCUGAAAAUUGCACAUGGAGUUGUGGAAAACUAUGAAUCAGGGUAUGAAAUUCAAACACUCCACCUGCCCAUGGGGCUUCAAUCCUGGAGAGCCUCAUCUGUGCUUGAACACACACUUUCUUGGACAUCACCCCUAUACUGAUGCAACCAGGAUAAUUUCUGCUUGUCAUGGGCAUCUGGCCACCAAGGAAUUUCGCACCCUGACAGUUACUCUUGACACUUUUAUGUAUUCCAUUGUUUUAUAUAAUUUUCCUAACAAUCAUUUAUAAUUGGAUGUGCUCCUGAAUCUACUUUUUUAUAAUAUCUGCUGUGCACAAUUUUCCAUGAACAUUACAACUUUUUGUUUUUUGGAGUGUGUGGGGGGAGGGGAACGGGACUUUAUUUAUUGCAUUCACAACCUCCAUCCUCCUUCAGCAUAUCCUUUAAGUUCAGUUCUUUCUUCUUCCAGUUAUACUGUGUACUAUCAGUUUUGAUAUAAAUUAUAUAUAAAUAUAUAUAUAAAUAAAUAUAUAUAAAGGGUUAUUUGAAACCAAUACAUGGAAACGCUGGUGCUUGAAACACUGUGAAGUGAAACAAAAAUAUUGAACAGUUAAAGAUCUGGGACAGUCCCCUUUUGUGAAAGUGCUGAUACUGAAAUGGAACCAGGCUUAGAUGAAAAGUGUGUUCCGGAAGGUUUAAACCUAGAUGAGACCUGAUUUCUCCCUCCUCCCCUUCCCUGCCAACUUUUAGCUAAACAGUUCUGGACAAAUAGUUUUUAUUAUACAUUGUGAUCUGUAAUGGGAAGACUCCUCCAGAUAGCCUGCAUUCCCAAUAGAAUAACUCAGAAUGACAAAUCACAAGGCUGUGUCCAAUUGGAGUGUGCUUAUUCAAAAGUAACUAAGCUGGUUUCAGAAUGCCAUGCAUUAAUGUAUAUUUUGUUUACUUGUUGACAUGGCUAUUUCUUUCAUAGCCAAUCAUACAAAAAUGUGGUAUUCUGUAAUUUUGAUUAAUUCCAUCCAUUUUCCAGACCGGCAUCAAUGACUGAGGUGACAUUAAAUCUCUGUGGAGUGGCUGUUUGCUUUAGAAUUCAAGGCAGAAGAGAGCCCUAAGACUGGAAGCUUUUUUGAGCUGGUGAACCAAACCACUGCAUGUUCACAUCCGAUGUGGCUUGGUUCUUUCUUGGUCAACUCUUUUUUUCCAUUUCUGUCUCUUUCCAUUCUGUUCUGGGGAUUAUUUUUGUGUUUAAUUGAUUUGGGUUUGUUAUUCCAAGAGCAAUUUCUGAACAGCAUAUCAUCCAAUGAUGACAUAAAUAGGCCUGUUAAUGUUUGGACACUUCUAGAUAUUCUGCUGUGGGAGCUACAGUUGAGAAAAAACUUUCAUGCUGGCAAGUGAGCAGCAAGUGCUGCUCAUGUUGAUGGUCCGUGUCUCUUUCAUUCUUGCUCUAUAUCUUUUCAGACUAUAAACUUCUUUCCUGCUCUGUUAGCAUUGCUUUACAGUUUACCUUCUGUGCAUUAUCCUGCUCAAAUAAUAACCUGAAGAGGUGAAACAAAUGUUUUUUUUUAAGAUUCAAGCUCUAUUUGUCUUUUUAUCCUUAAUUAUGUGGCCCAGAGUGCUUUGCAGUAAUUUCAGGCACAGAGUCUGUAGCUUUAUUUAACAUCAGCAAGAUAGCUUUUGGGUGUUACACUUGGAAAGAGGGCCACUUCUCGGUAACUUGGUGCCAGCUUCUUGCAUUGAGAAUUAGUUGCCUGAUCAAAAUAAUUUCUGUCUGUGGAGGCAGCUGAAUAAAAUUCUAUUUUGAAAUCAGCUUGGUUUUGAGUAGCAGACAUGUACGUUCCUUUCAAACUGAUGAUAAAAUUAUUCUGUGCUUAACUAAAUCCGUUACCAGCUCUGCUUGCAUGUGUAGGGUGCAAAGCAGUGUCUUAAAAGCUGCAGUUUUAUUCUGAACAUGUUAACAUGGGCACCCCCUUUUAAUUCUGUUUUAUAUCUGGGAUAUAAGCUAUAUUUACCUUUUUUAAACCGCAUUUUUAAAGUAUUUAUUGAAAAACCAAAGGAAAUCAGAUGCUACCUAUGAGCAUCAAUAUGUUAUACAUAGUUUUAAUACUAUGAAUUUCUCAAUCCACAUUUUAACAUUAGUGGAACAUUGCAAAGACAUUCCUUUUCAAGUUUUAAUGUUCCUUUAAGGGUCUCAGGGAGGGUAAACCGGUCAGCCAUAUUUAUUUAUUUUACUGAGGUGUAUUGGAAUAAUUUUUUUAAAGAGAGAUUUUUCUGAAGAUGCCCCUGAACUUAUAUAUUUUGCACUGCUUUAUAAAUGAACCAUAAUCAGUUAGCUUGAAUGCAUUUGGCCUAAGCCAGCAAAGUAUGUAAGCAGGAGUCUAGUCCCACUGACUUUAGUGGGGCCACACUGAAGCUUAAAGUUAUGCACGUGCUUGUGUGCUUUGUUGGCUGUCGUACUUUGUGCAAAAAAGCACUGUAUGUACCAGAAAAUUACUUCAUGUUAAAUGAAUGGACCCAUAGAUCAUUUGAAAAAGCUUUAACACGCAGUAACGAGCUACUCAGAGGCUACUGAUUAAGUCAGUGAAAUCUUCUUUGGUGGUUGUUUAUUUUGGGUGUGCCUCCUUGAUAAAUUAGCUUAUUGUAAGGAUGGAGUGGAAAAUUGCUUUGGUACAAGAGAACUGAAACUCUGCAUUUAGUAGAAAUUGCUAGCUAAGCAUUUGAACCUAACCGGGCCACAUUUUUAACUGUUGUGUUGUGGAUUUGAAGGAUAGUGUUUACUUUUACACUUAAUUUCUGAAAUUGAUAACACCCCCUAAGGCAUGUAUCUGGAAAUGGACUUCCCUUCACUUUCUGCAUUUUCAGUUUACCCUGCUAUCAUUAGGGAGCAUGUUUUACAAAUAAAAUAAGACACUAGUGUAAAGGAAAGACCAGAAAUGCUUGGUAUUCAGUGGCACAGAAAGCAGGUAAGAAAAGCACAGUGUUAUGUUUGCAAGUUUCAACUUUUACACACAAACACAGCUUGCCUGACUUGCUCAGUUUGACAUAGUCAUGCAAAAGAAAAAGUAAAAUAAUUUUAACACAGACUAUUUAUUUUAAUCAAAACACUUUGGUCAUUUCAAAUUGGACAGAUUUAAAAUUUGGCAGUAGCUUCUGUGAGUUUAUUUCCACUGAGAUAUUUUCACCUGCCUUAUUAAGAUCAUUCUCAGUCUACUUUUUUAAGCUACAAUAAACUUAAAUUAUUGAAAAUUUAUUAAUUGCUGACUAUAUAAUAACCUUUGCUUGUAUGUAACCGAAACAUGGUUUUAAGAGCCAACAUUUAGAGUAUGACAAUGGAGCUGAACAGUUUUUAAUGCGCAAGCAGUUCUGUUCUUGUGUAUGACUUGUAACCUUAAUUUACUGUGUAAAGAUGGUUACAUUAUUUCCUUAGCUUUGUUUGUUGGAGACAAAUAUAGAAUGCUUGUUUAAGUAUGUCAAAACAUAAUCUUAUCUUGUGGAUUUUUAUGUUAAUGUAUUAUACGAGCUAUAUUUUUCAUUUGCCCAGAAAGACAGCUUGUAUAACGCUUUUGAAAGUUUCUCCGCUCUGUAAAGUCUUUAGAGCUGACAGUCCUGUUAGGUUUGUUUUGAUCUUCAUGCUAAAGUGUCAAUGGUGGUUUUGUGAACUGGUCAGAAAUUCACAGGUCUUAAAUGUUUUCGGGAAAUUUAUAUUGGACACUGCUCUUUGUCUAGCAAAUAAAAGAUGUUAAUAUAUUCCUGUUACUGGCAUGUGCACGACUGUUAUUAGAAGCCACUUUAUCAUUUUCCUGCUUUAAAUAGAAAUGUCUAUUUAUGAAUUCUGCUUGUAGUUUUUUUCACAAAUAAAAUAGUAAAAUUUAA